AUGUCCGUCCGCACCCCCGUCAGAUCGACGGCCCCCAUGACCAUCUCCGCCGACAGCCCAGGAACCUGGCGACACCCGCGACUUGAUGAGAUCACGAGACGUCGAAACGCGACUACCUUUUCCGAGAAGAAUGUCCGGCAAAUUGCCUACGGCGUAGCCAGCUUGGCAGCAGUAUGGUUCUCCCGGGCCAUUCUGAGCCUCAAGUACUUUCCUAAUCUGUAUGUUCCUUCUCAUCUUUGGCUUCAGCCUUUCAUCCCCGCAGGGGGCCUCCCCGCCUCGAUAUCCUCAUACACAGAGUGGACCUGGCUAGCCAUCCAGAUUAUCCCAGUCCUCAACAUACUCGCAGCCUGCCUGCCCCUCAUGCGUCGCGAAGAUGACCUCUCCGACAUCGCCCUGACGUCGGCCCAGCGCGAGCUCCUCGGCCUCCCUCCCUCCUCGGCCGCUCCCACCCCAGACGCCCACUACAGCACCCCGCCGCGGUACUCUCGCACCCCAUCCGUCGCCGGGUCUGUGGGCAGCCGCGCCAGCUACAACUCCUCCCCCUUAUCUGGACGUGGGAGCCCGGCUCCCACCCUCCAGAUCUCUGGCUCUGAGUCGCCCUUCUCCCCGCUCGGUAGCCCUGUUUACAGGACGGCCAGCGGCAGUGGGCUCGACGUCUCGACCAACGGCGGUGCCAACGGCCGUCGCUCCUCGUUCGGCAGCUCUAGCCUCCUCGGUGCCAGCACCCUAGGAGCUGGCUCCUCGGCUAACCUCUUCUCCGACCCUGCAUCCCCCAGCCCCUCCGGUGGCAAGCGGACCAGUGUCGGUCUCAACAGCAAGUGGCUGUAUGAGAAGGGGAGGAGAUCGUCUGGUAGUGGGUGGAUGCACUGA